AAAAUAACAAUGCAUCCUACGUUCCACCCCAUAAUCGCCAACCUCCGCAAGAAGAUUCCAUGGCAAGAAUGGAAAAGAUGAUGAUGGAGUACAUGCAAAAGAUGAACAACUUGGUGGAUGAUUUGAAGGAGCGUGACAAAACGUGCGAUAACCAACUCCAACAAGUGUUUAAACAAUUAGGAGAUAGAGAACAGGGGAACCUCCCAGCUACCACCGAACCGAACCCAAGAGAGCAACUUUGGGACGUAACCUUGAGAAGUAGUAAAGAGCUUCAAGGCCGAGAAGUUGAAGCUGAUGUAGAAGAAAUCCCAGUAGAUAACUCUGUUGAAGCAACUCAUGAAAAGAAAACUAGAUCCGCACCUCAAGAAACGAAGAAAGAGGGAACCUGCUCUAGCCAAUCCCAACCAGCAAGGCAAACUCAGCAAAACACUAUUCUCUUCCCUACUAGGGUGAAAAAGAGAAAAGACGAGAAGGCUUUCCAAAAGUUUCUCGACGUCAUUGGCCAAGUUGAGGUCAAGAUGCCUUUGGUAGAUGUGUUAACUGAGAUGCCCAAAUAUGGCAAAUUCUUAAAAGAUCUAGUAACUAAGAAGAAAGAUUGGGAGGAAUUCUCAGUUGUCAGCUUAAAUGCUGAAUGCUCUGCUAUGUUGCUAGAAGAAAUGCCUAGGAAACGGAAGGAUCCCGGAUGCUUCAUUAUCCCUUGCUCUAUCAACAAUAAUGUUAGAUUAAGUGCCCUUCACUAGAGGGGGGGUGAAUAGUGAGGCACGAGAAAGUUUAUAAAUUUUUGCGAAAUAAAAAUCGUAGGGAUAAAGUAAAAAGCGGAAUAAAAAGCAUAAGGAAAG